UCCGUGGCUUCGGCUGCAUUUCCUAUCCAUACAUCCAAGAUGGGCGGCCAAGUAACACGCUGCGACUUUGAAUGGUCUUACACCGCAGAGCCGCAUGCGACUAGAAGAAAAGAAAUUCUUGCCAAAUAUCCCGAGAUCAAGAGACUUAUGGGCAGUGAUCCUUUAUUCAAGUACGAAAUCCUGUCUUUGAUAGUGGUUCAGUUUGCACUGACGUUUCUCCUGCGUGAUGUAUCUUGGACCAUUUUACUGCUUUCAGCCUACUUCAUAGGGGCGUUCCCUAGCCACGCCCUCAUCGUUGGGGUGCACGACAUCUGCCAUAAUAUCCCAUUCGGUAACGGCCGGCCUUUACUAAACAGACUCUUUGGCAUUUUAGCGAACCUACCGACAGGUAUUCCCUCCUCAGUUGCUUUCAAGAAGUACCACCUCCUCCACCACCGCUAUAUGGGAGUGGAAGAAAUGGAUCCCGACCUGCCAACCAGUUUUGAAGCUCGAAUGUUUUACAACUCUAUCACCAAACUAGUCUGGGUAAUUUUGCAACCUUUUUGGUAUGCAUUGAGGCCUCUAUUCAUCAACCCCAUAGCCCCAAACGGCUUGGAAAUCCUUAACAUUGUUGUUCAAUUUGCUGUGAAUUGCGCCGUAGUGUACCUCUGGGGGGUGAAGUCACUCGUAUUCAUGGUUAGCAGUACGAUCCUUGGAGCAGGCUUACAUCCUAUGGCGGGCCACUUCAUAGCUGAACAUUACAUGUUCGAAGAGGGCUUUGAGACAUAUUCUUACUACGGUCCUGGAAACUAUCUGACAUUUAAUGUCGGGUAUCACAACGAGCAUCAUGAUUUCCCAAGUAUCCCAGGUUCAAAGCUCCCUUUGGUAAAGAAGAUUGCAGCGGAAUAUUACGACAACCUACCGUACCAUACUUCUUGGAUCAAAGUGAUAUGGGAUUUUAUAAUAGAUCCCAGAAUUGGCCCUUAUGCUAGGGUCAAGAGGCCGAAAGUCAAAAAGCCUAAAGGAGUAGAGCUUUCCUAGUAUUCAUGGUCUGCCAGCAAGCUCUCAAUUUUAGCGCACCGGCGUUUCUUUGCCCGAGCGUAACUAUGAGCCCUUGAGCAACGCGAACCAGGGAGAGGUCUGGAACAGGUGUAGCAUUGAUAAGACUCCCGGUAAAACUUUCCCCGACUAAUCUCAAAUCUUCCCGCGGGCGUAGAAAUGCAUUACUACUAAAGAAGGCUUGCUCCAGGCUAAAGCAGUCAUUCAAGG